AUGAGCUGGAACUUGCUCGAGCGCUUCAUACAGUCCGAGCACUUCAACAGAGAUCCCUCGCUCACCGUCUCCUACCUUGCCCGGUAUGCCGAGCACGUGGGAAUCCACUAUGUGCUCUGUUCGAAGCUGCGAGCCUUUAGCUACGAGGAGAUCGAGUUCUUCCUCCCACAAUUAUGCCACCUCGUCAUAUCGAUCGACAAUGAGUCCAUGGCCUUGGAGGAGUUCGUCUUAGAUCUAUGCGAAGAGUCUGUCAAUGGCGCGUUGCUGACCUUCUGGCUAUUUCAGACCUACCUCCAUGACCUCUCGAGCAAGCCUGCAUCGACCGCCUUCCAGACCUGCCGAAGAUUGUACAACAAAGUUCAGCAUAUCGUCUUUGGUGGCGGCGAGCCUUUGCGACGACCUCGCAUACACGAAAACGUCCUCCCGGUAACAGUGCUUUCAAGCUUGGUGCUGGCAGGCAUUGGUAUGCCUUUGCUGCCUCAGCAUGCUGGUCCUCUUGCAAUAGCACAAGCGCGAAGACCGCGACCCAUUGAGGAAGGCGGAGGUGGAUCAGAUGCGACACCAAGCAUUCAAAAGCAAGGACUGCAAAGGAGCGCGACAGUGACGGGAAACACGAGUGGAGCAGCAAGAUCAAGACCACAACCAGGCGAUGGCAGGGAUGCGCCAAGACGAAAGUCGCGAAAGCCAGCAAGUAUUGUGGUCAAUGGCGCGAAGGUCUCCGCGUCAACGCCAAAUACACCUGCCUUGGCUACGUCUGGCCACGGAGAACGUAAGGCUCAUGUCUCGCGACAUUCGCUUGCAAUCACCAUGGGCAGCGAAGGAAUGUAUAGCACGUCGUCUCUGCCAGAACACCAGCGCAAGCCAAGCAGGCCUGCGUUGAGUCUUCCUGCGACACCUGGCGUCCCAAGGAGGAGCGCAGGCGACCGUGAACUAUCCAGGCGGCAUUCUCAAAUGCUUCGACCUGUCACGCCCUCCUCAAUGUCGCGCAAUCAGAAAAUCCGAGCACUUCGCCAGAACUACUUCAGGCACGAAAGUCAGUUCCUGGCAGCUUUGGAAGGCAUCUCCAAUCGGCUUGUGUCAGUGCCCAAGGCUGCACGUCUCAGUGCACUGCGAGCAGAGCUAGGACUUAUCGCGCAAGAUCUGCCUGCUGAGGUCGACAUUCCUCUCAUUUGUCCAGCGACAUUGGUUGAUGGAUCUGCCAGUCGAAGUCGACAUCAUCGCAUUGUCAGGCUCAACCCAGCCGAAGCAACAAGCUUGAAUAGUGCCGAGAAAGUGCCAUAUCUACUCAUGCUAGAAGUGAUCCGGGAAGAUUUUGACUUCGAUCCAGAGAGUCAACAGAAUCGCGACUUGCUCGCCAAAUUGCUAUCGGAGAGAGCCAAGCAGAAACGUCGGUUGUUCGAUACCACCGAUGCAGCAAGACACGCUGCUAUUACAUCGCCACUGGGAGAGACCAAAAAUGAUAGCGUGCUCGAGCCGACGAGUGGAGAUCUAUCAAGCGCGGCGCUGUUGGAGGAUCUUGACAACCCAGCAAAGUCGAAUAGUCCAAAGUUGCAAGCCGCACUGGCCAACAGCAAAGAACCACCGCGACUAUCGAGCGGAGUCAGCACUAUCUCGACAGCCACCGUGCCAACGCCAAGGAACUCGGAUUCUCUCGGCGUGCGUCCAGACAGCGGGGGUCGAGUGUCACCCUACCUGCGCCCUCCCCAGGCGACGCAAGCAGACGUCUCAGCCCUUGCCGACCACAUGCGAACUGCUUCUCAGAUGCUGGCUCAGCUGGAUAUGAGUGCGUCAAAACGGCCGAAGGCGGAAGUCGCUGCUAUCCGAGCCAAGAUCAUUGCCAGCAUGCAAUCCUUGGAGGAACAGAGUUUCCUAUCCGAUGAGCAAGGACCAAGUUUCGAAACAAUCAUGGCGAAGACUGGUAGUGAUCCGAACAAUGCCGAGGACAUAGGCGACAACAUGGACGAGCCCGCUGGGACAGACCUGGUGAAUACCGGCAAGGGUGCCGCUCGAAUGGAAAACGAUGCCAUGACAGCUGGUAUCCAACGCAAAGGUGAUCGCGAUGACCCUUCAGCCGCGACCUUUGGUGAGGCGUGGGAGCAAAAGAAAGAACGCAUUCGGCGAUCCUCUCCUUACGGAUGGAUCAAGCACUGGGACUUGAUCUCGGUGAUCGUCAAGACUGGAGCCGACUUGCGACAAGAGGCAUUUGCAUGCCAGCUGAUCGCCGUCUGCAGCAAGAUCUUCGCUGAGCACGAUGUUGAUGUUUGGGUGAAGAACAUGCGGAUAUUGGUGACUGGGGAGACAUCGGGACUCAUCGAAACCAUCACGAAUGCCGUUUCUCUACAUUCCAUCAAACGAAGUCUGACCAUCGCAAGCAUCGCUGCUGGGACAAAUCCAAAGAAGAGAAUCGCGACCCUUCAGGACCACUACGCAAAGACCUUUGGGCCUGCGGACAGCCCUGCUUAUACGAAAGCGAUUGACUGCUUCAUUCGAAGUCUCGCUGCAUACAGCAUCAUCAGCUAUGUCUUGCAGCUCAAGGAUCGACACAAUGGUAAUAUCCUCAUUGAUUCUGAUGGCCAUGCGAUACACAUCGAUUUUGGAUUUAUGCUGUCCAACUCUCCUGGUAACAUGGGCUUUGAAGCCGCACCUUUCAAGCUGACGCUGGAGUACGUAGAACUUCUUGGCGGUCCUGAAGGUGAAGCAUUCGUCCGCUUCAAAGACUUGAUGAAGGAUGCUUUCCAGGCCUUGAGGAGAGAAGCAGAGAGGAUCAUCACCCUGGUCGAACUGAUGGGACGAGAAAGCAAAAUGCCAUGCUAUGGCGGGGGUCUUAUUAACGUAGUGAGCGCAUUGCGUGCAAGAUUCGUUCUUGAGAAGAGCAAAGAAGAGGCACGAGAGUGGGUGGAAGACUUGGUUAACAAGUCUAUCGGCAGCUACUAUACGAGGCUGUACGAUACUUUCCAGUAUAGGACGCAGGGAAUCUAUUGA